AUGCCCCCCAAAAAUGCUGCCCAAGGUAGUACGGCAUCUAAGAAGCGAAAGAAAAUGCCAGCAGCCAACAAUCAAGACGUACACUCUAGAACAGCUGAAACAGAUGCGAAGAGGCCUCGCAUGGCGCGAGCUGCUGGUAAGAACUCGGGGAAUGAGGAGGGAAAGGAGAAGCAGAUAAUGUCGCUGGAUUGGCCUGAAUAUUUUGACACUCUUUUCAAGAUUUUCAAGGCACUAAAUACAGUCCUCGCCUUCUGCUCAUCUCGGAAGAGCUUUGCGAUAACAUUUCCUGUUGUCCGCCAAUCUGUUGAAGGUCUUCUUAAGCGGCCCUUGGAGUUGGCCAAAGUGGCGGAACUGAAAGCACUGUUGCCGGAGGUGGUCAAAUUUGCAUAUAUUCCUCGAACUGAGCUGCGCAUUCACGCCGAGUCUCGAACUCGUCGUGAAGGCUCUCCAGAUUUCGCAGCUUUCAGCAAUGGUCAUGCCUCAAGUUCUCAAGUCGGUGAUGGAGCGGACGAAGAUGAGCACGUCCUUGUACUUGACCUUAUAGAAAAUUCCAGAGGGAAGAAGAGUUCGAAUUCCGGGUUUGCAUACAGCCUUCCACCAGCACUAUCUCCGGAAGCAACCAAAAAAUUGAUUACUAAGAGAAACGAUCGUUUUGUGCAGGCGGUGAAUGAGCUUCUUGAGGCCACUCCGAAAACCGAGGAUCCAAUAGUAUUGCUACAGGCUGCUGCUCGCGAUCACAUACCUGUGGACCCAUCCGCUAGACACUUGCUAGGUCCAUCGCAACCAGCUCGCAAGACUAUCCCCAGUUCCUAUGACCGUCCCUCCGUCAACGCAGUGAUAGACGAAAUAAUGGCGCAAGAUUGGUACUCUGACCAAAUAGUGGACAGAAGGACUGUUGAUGCUAAGGAUGGAGUUAUCGGUUGCUUGAAUUCUCCUCUGUCCAAUAGUAUACAGCAAGCCCUCUGUGAUGCCCGGAAGAUUACUUCUCUAUACACUCAUCAAGUCGCCGCAAUAAAUUUUCUUUCUCGAGGAAAGAGUGUUAUUGUAUCAACUAGCACUGCUUCAGGGAAGAGUGUCAUCUACCAGGUGCCUUUGUUGCGGUUCUUGGAAGACGAUCCGAACUCAACGGCGAUAUUUAUCUAUCCAACAAAGGCACUCGCCCAGGACCAAAAGUUAGCGUUGGAGCAGCUUCUUUGCUCGUGCCCUGGUCUGGAGCAUACGAAGGUUUUCACUUACGAUGGGGAUACUCCACAAGACCAAAGGGCAGGAAUCCGCGAGUCGGCAUCGGUCAUAUUCACAAAUUUCGAUAUGCUCCACACGUCUAUUUUGCCGCAUGAGGAUCUCUGGCGCAGAUUCCUAAAAAACCUCAAGUUGGUAGCCGUUGAUGAGCUUCAUUAUUACUACAAUAUCUUUGGAAGUCAUGUAGCACAGGUCAUGAGACGCUUUCGUAGAGUGUGUGCAGCAAUUGGCAACAGACGGACUUGUUUUGUUUCAUGUAGUGCGACAAUCGCUAAUCCGCGACAACACAUGCAAAACAUCUUUGGCAUCGAGGAUAUCGAUGAAGUUACUGAAGAUGGGGCUCCUUCUGGUCGAAAGGAUUUCUUAAUCUGGAGAGCUCCAUUAACGGACCCGACAGACGAAAAGUCCAGUCGAUUGUCCCCGAUGUCCGAAGCCACUAAACUAAUGCGGCUCCUGAUGGCAAGAGGCAUUCGCGUCAUCCUGUUUUGCAAGAUACGCAAGUCAUGCGAGUUGGCGAUGAAAACAUUAAGAGCAGAGCUCACUGCAGAUGGUUGUCUUGACAUUCUAGAAAAGGUCAUGGCGUAUCGAGGCGGAUAUUCACAACAGGAUCGACGUCGUAUCGAGAAAGAAGCAUUUUCAGGCAAUCUGCUCGGAAUUGUGGCGACCAAUGCACUGGAAUUAGGAGUGGACAUAGGUGUCCUUGAUGCUGUUCUUAUGCUUGGAUUUCCCAUGGGCGGCGUUGCUAGCUUUCGUCAACAAGCUGGCCGAGCAGGACGCCGAGCACGAGACGCUCUAGCAGUCUUCGUGGCUGAUACGCUCCCAGUCGAUCUACAUUACGUGAAUGCGCCCAAUGACUUGUACGACAAGCCCAUUAGCGAUCUCGUGAUUGACCUCGACAGCAAAGUCAUUCUGGAGGCCCACCUUCAAUGCGCAGCUCAUGAAUUGCCGUUGGCCUUUGAAGAUGAAGUUUACUUCGGACCGUAUAUGAAAGAGAUUUGCGAAACACGUCUCGUGAAAGACCGUGAAGGCUGGUUCAACCCCCAUCCGAAGAGUUUGCCCUUUCCAGCCAAGCACAUAAGUCUUCGAGGAGCCCAAGAGGACAAGUACGAAUUGAUAGACAUCACAAGGCUUGGAAAGCCAGGAGGCCAUGCCCAGAUUCUGGAGCAGAUCGAAGUCUCUCGUGCCCUGUUUGAAAUAUAUGAGGGUGGCGUGGCGAUCAUCGAUGCUGUCGAUUUGGAUACGCCACCCUGGGAACGUGAAAGCACUGGGAUGUGGAUCGACGUGCCAAAGCGGACCCUGAACCUAAUGCGAGACUCGGGCAUCAACCCAGCCGAAGCAAUCCAUUCUGCUGAACAUGCGAUCUUGAAUCGAUUCGCGCUGGCAACGGAUCUCCGAACUGAGUGCAAGGUGGCAGAGAAAGAAUAUAAGUCGAAGGAAUCACAACGAAAGCGACCUGCACGUCUCAUAUUUUACGAACCCACGGGAAAAAACAGCGGCGUUGCUACGAGAGUUUUUGAUCACGUGUCUGAUAUUCUAACGGACGCCUUAAACAGAGUAGAGGCAUGCGAAUGCGAAGAAGGCUGUGUCGAAUGCAUAGAUAGCCCGCUGUGUAAAGAAGGCAAUGAGGUAUCAUCCAAAGCCGGGGCUCUUAUCGUUCUGAAAGCUAUUUUGGGUCGCCCUAUGGACGCGGAGCUCAUACCAGAGUAUCCAUUGGAUCUCAAUACAUAUGAUACAGUGGUUGAAGCUCCACCUGUUCGUACCGCCGACGGGGUCCAGGUCGAAAAGGCAUAA